AUGUCGCCUCGGAACUCCGACGACUUCAAAAGUCACGUCGACAAUGUCGAAAUCGUGCCCGAUGCCGUGGCCAAUGCCAACAAGCCCAAUCCAAAGAAGGAGGCUCCUCCAUACGUCGCCAAUCUCUCCCCUGAGGAACGGAUCGAGGCGGAGAAGCGUCUGGUCCGCAAAAUUGACAUCCGUCUCCUCCCGAUGAUUAUUAUCAUGUACAUCAUGAACUACCUCGACCGAAACAAUAUCGCCAGUGCUCGGUUGGCUGGUCUGCCCGAGGACCUGGGAUUGGUCAAGAAUCAGUACCAGACCUGUGUUAGUAUCUUGUUUGUCGGUUACUUGUUGAUGCAAAUUCCCUCCAACCUGAUGCUGAACAAAUUCGGAAAACCCGCCAUCUACCUCCCUUGCGCCAUGAUGCUUUGGGGUAUUAUUUCUACCUGUACCGCUGCGGCGCAGAAUUUCGCUGGCCUCGUGGUGAUUCGCUUUUUUCUCGGUUUCGUCGAAGCUGCCUACUUCCCUGGAUGUCUGUACUUCCUCAGUGCCUGGUACACACGGAAGGAACUCGGUUUCCGCACGGCGGCCCUCUACUCUGGGUCUCUGCUCUCCGGUGCCUUCUCGGGCCUGAUUGCGGCCGGUAUCACCGAUAACAUGGAGGGCGCCCGGGGUCUACGCGCAUGGCGCUGGCUCUUCAUAAUCGAAGGAGCCAUCACCAUCGUGAUCGCCGUUGUGUCAAUCUUCGUCCUCCCGAACUUCCCACGCACGACGUCCUGGCUCUCGGAAGAAGAGAAGCAGCUCGCCGCGUGGCGUCUCGAGGAGGACAUCGGCGAGGACGACUGGGUUGACAGCGAACAGCAGUCCUUCCUGCACGGCUGCAAGCUGGCCUUUACCGACAUCAAAACCUGGAUCUUGGUACGACACUCGUCACCUCGCCCACAUCACUCACUGACCACCAUCUAG